AUGACUGUGACAUCACAGGUUGAGUCUGUUAGUUAAAUGAAAGAAGAACUCAAUCUUCAAACUUAGCUGGUUGAAUAAUACGAAUAGAGAUUUAUUUAGCUUAGAGACAUAAUAGAAAAAAGGGACCGAGAAACUAAAUCUAAAAUUAAUGAAUAAGAUUAGGCGAUUUAGGAUUUAACAUUUAAACUAUAAAAGUAGUAGAACCUUGCGUAGCAACUUGAGUAAGAAAGGUCAAAUAUGAGUACUCAGUUAAAAGACGCCACUUGGAGUAAAGAUUAAGAAGGCAAAAAAUAUUAACGAGAGAUCAAUCGACUCAAAGAACUAAAUAUUGAAGAGCAAUAGGAUUACUAGAUUUAGAUUUCUAAUCUCAAAAAUGAGAUUACAUAAAAGCUGAAUCAAGAAAUUUAUGAUAAGAACUAGGAUAUAAUCAGGAUAGAAUCAUCUUACAUUGAAAGACUUAAUGAAUUAGGAAAUGAAAUAAAUAUGCUUAUGGACUAACUCAAGAGUAAAGAGAUGGUGAUUUAGGAAUAAAGAACUAAAAUAAAUGAACAAGCAAGAAAAAUAGAUGAUUUUAUGAUUCAGUCAGUUAAGUUGAAGAAUGAUGGCUAGUCAUAGGCAAUGGAUUUAGAGAUUUAACUAAGCCGUUUAAGGACCGAUAAAGAGCAUGGAGAUUAGCAAAAGAUGGAAAUGAUUUAAGAUCUUUAAAAGCAGUUAUAAGAGGUUACUUUAAAUAAGGAUAGAGUAGAGUAGGAAAUGAAACUUGUGAUUGAUAAAUUACUUUAUGAUUAGCAGGUUACUCAACAAAAACAUGAUAUGGAGAUUUAAAAAUUCUAAACGUAAACAGGGCAUAAUUUAUAGCAUCUCUAAGAUAUGCUUUUGAUACAGUAGACUGAGAAUGAUAGAUUAAGGUAAGAAAAUGACUUGAUGCAGAAGACUCUACAUGACCAGGAUGAGAUGAGCAGAAGAGAAAUGGAGGAAAUGCAGACAUACUCCAAAAAUGUGACUAAUAAUUAUGAGAAAUAGCUAAAGGAGUUUAAGAUGUAAUUGUAAUAUAAGAACAAGGAGAUAUUAAAUUUAAGAGAGGAGGCUCAUGAAUGUUAAAAGCUAAUCGAGAAUAAAAAUAAGGAGAUCGAGAGGAUUAAAUACUAAGCUUAGAAUGAUGAGUAUUUAUAUGAUUAGUGA